UUGGUGCUUGUGAACAAUCGCGGUCGUGUGCUUAUAUAUUCACCAUUCGGCAAGCUGAAAUACCAAUUCGUUAUCGAUGAGGAAAUUGCUGUUAUCGAGUCGAGGAUCUAUUACAGUGCAGUGGGUAGUACGGGUUUGGCAGUUCUUUCUGAAAAUCACAGGAUUUAUGCAGUGAACUCGGUUAUGGAGGCCGUCUCCUGGCGUGUACCCGAUGUUGCAAGAGCAAGUCGUCCGUCCUCCUGGAAUGUGCUUACGUCCGGUCACGUCACCGUCCUGUUCAUCAUCGAUGCUGUCUUUUAUGUUGGUAUGCAAGGCGUUGCACCGCGUGAUGUGCCAUGGAAAAUCAACGGCGGUGAGUACAUCAAUAUCGUCCCCAAUUGGGACAGUUCUCGGAUAUCACUAUUGCAUUCCAGCUUUGUGGUGCAGAUCGUCGAUUCCGACUUCUCGCUGCUUUCUACUGUAUCACUGCCUUCCCCCGUCGAUGCAUUCUGUGCUUCCAGUCUCACUUGAUACGAUUUCGAAAGUGCUUUGGAGAUUGAUAUGGAACUCGACGGGAUCAAAGUUUUCACUGCGAAUCAGCUUGUUCUGUUGUCUCAAGUUCCAGACGUUGUUGACAGUGUGCUAGGUGUCGCCUCAGCGGAACCCGGUGCUAUUUUGUACGAAGCAUCAGAAAAAUUGCGCGAAGGAGCCACCGGCGUUUAUGAGUAUAUACGUAUGAUUGAGGAUCAGAUGGAGAAGGCUGUGCGGCAAUGCCUUUUGGCCGCAGCGCAUCAGUUCAACAUCGACUCACAAAAAAAGUUGCUUAAGGCAGCUGCACUUGGAAAGUCAUUGUUGCGGCGUCUGGAUGCAUCUCAGUUUGUGGAUAUAUGCCGUGUAAUAAGGGUGUUGAAUUCAGUACGAAAGCCGUAUGUUGGAUUGGCGCUCUCAUUUGCCCAGUAA